GGUUAAGUAGUUGCCGGCUGUGAAAGCCCUCCAAGUGAUUUCUCUUAUUUUUUCAAUAUUCUCAGCCUUUCCAGGCAGGAUUCCGGGUGGGAAAUCAUAAAAAGGAUCUUUAGGAGGAAUUUUAAGGACAUUUCAGUGCAUGACAAUGAAGUGGCUUCAACCUACGGAGGGUUUUAGGACGGGAAUUGAGGUGUACAACUGCAUCGUGGGGAAGAAAGUCCCUCUGAUUUUGCGUCAGAAGCACCUGGCUACGGUGUACACAUGCGGACCCACAGUCUACGAUGAUACCCACAUCGGGCAUGCCAGUACGUACGUGAAACUGGACACAAUCCGCAGGAUUCUGCAGCAUCAUUUUGGCAUCCGGGUACUUUCGGCGAUGAAUGUGACGGAUAUUGAUGAUAAAAUCAUCCGGAGGAGUCAAGAGAGGAAGUGCACGUGGGAAGUAGUUGCCAGGGAGAAUGAGGAGACUUUCUGGAGGGACCUAAAGGGGUUAAAUGUCCUGGAACCGCAUAUAAAAAUGCGUGUGACAGAGAAUAUUCAGGAAAUUGUGGAAUUCAUCGCAAAGCUGGAGGAGAAGAAAUUGGCCUACAGAACAGCCGAUGGGUCAAUGAACUUCAAGAUUAGAGAUUACGGAGCCUAUGGGAAGCUACAGAAGAUCAAUGUUGGGGAGGAGAAUGUGGAUUUUGCCCUGUGGAAGGGUGCAAAGGAGGGUGAACCCAGUUGGGCAGCUCCCUGGGGUCAAGGACGUCCAGGAUGGCAUAUUGAGUGCUCAGCAAUGGCCAGCAAAAUCUUUGGCUUAAAUCUCGACAUCCACGCUGGUGGUAUUGAUCUGAAAUUCCCACAUCAUGAGAAUGAAGAAGCUCAGAGUUGUGCUCAUCACGAUUGCCAGCAAUGGGUUAACUAUUGGCUGCACACGGGGCAUCUCAACCUCCCCGGGGAUGCAGAGAAAAUGUCCAAAUCCCUCAAAAAUACAAUUGGAGUGCAGCAGCUCCUCUCGGAGUACACGGCAAAUCAAUUCCGGAUGCUCUGCCUACUCUCCAACUAUCGCAGCUCAAUGAUUUUCAGUCCGGAAGCCAUGGCGAUGGCCCAAAGUGUUCUCGGAAAGUUCCUCAGCUUCCUGCAGGACAUGGAGAGCAUCCUCCGCGGAAGUCGAAGUGUUGGGAACUUCAAUCCUGGGGAGAUUUUCGAGAAAUACUUGAAUAGCUCUGAGAAAGUCGAUGAGCAUCUCCGGGAUGACUUUGACACAGCCAGAGCUAUUCAGAUCCUUCAGGAUUUCAUGACAUUCGUACAUAAAGCUGUUAAUUCACCCCAAAGUGAUGGAGCUGCACCGGAAAGGGGAUGCCUGAAGCUCUGUCAGGAAUUUGUGGAGCAGAAUCUCACGAAUUUCGGCAUUGUCCUGCCCAAGGAUGGAGCUCAAGGGGAAGAAUCAGCAUUCAGUGGGGAAGUCUUAGAGAAAAUUCUCCAGAUUCGAAAUAAUUUCCGGAAGGAAAGAAAUUUUGCAGCUGCUGAUGCUCUGCGGGAUGCAUUGAGGGACGUUGGGGUGGAGAUUAAGGAUCAUGGAGAGACUUCUUCAUGGACAAAGAAGGAAUAAAAUUGUUUAAAAAAAUCA